CCUUCUCUUUCUCUCUCUUUCCUUUUCUCUCUCCCUCCAGAUCCAAACCCAACCCAAAGAAAGUGCGCGUGUUGUUAUUUACUUGAUUUAAAACCCAACCCUACUACCACCGUAACCCUCCUCUUCUUCGUUUUUGGUCUCUACACCCUGGUUGGACCAAAGUCCUCUCUCUUUCUCUCUCUAGCAUCUUCUUUUCAAGAGACUCAUAGAGAGAGAGAGAGACAGAGAAACACUAAUCAAACCAUAUACACAUAUAUAGAUAGAUAGAUAGAUAUAAACUUAUUGUUUAUAGCUGUUUGAUUUGAAUGGCUCAAGCAACGAACGGUGGGGAUCUGAAUCAGAAUGGACAGCAGCAGAGUCAGCAGCAGUGGGCGCAGCCGCAUCAGUAUCAGCAGCAAUGGAUGGCCAUGCAGUAUCCAGCAACCGCCAUGGCCAUGAUGCAGCAGCAGAUGAUGAUGUACCCGCAGCAUUACAUGCCGUAUGUUCAUCCUCACCAUUACCAGCCUCCGCCGCCGCCGCCGACCGCUCACCACCACCACCAGCAUCAUUUCAAGCAGCAGCAGACUCCGCCGCCGUCGUCUCAACCGCCGCAGCAGCACCACAACAACCACCAUGGCCAGCAGAAGCAGCAAUCUGGCUCCAACGGCGAGGAGAUCAGGACGAUCUGGCUCGGCGACCUUCACCAUUGGAUGGACGAGAACUACCUCGUCAAUUGCUUUGCUCACACCGGCGAGGUUUUAUCAGCCAAGGUCAUACGAAAUAAGCAGACAGGUCAGUCAGAGGGAUAUGGAUUUGUGGAGUUUUAUUCACGAGCAACAGCUGAGAAAGUUUUGCAGAACUAUAAUGGUACAAUGAUGCCAAAUACAGAUCAGGCAUUCCGGCUGAAUUGGGCUACAUUCAGUACAGGCGAUAGGCGAUCUGAUGCUGCUACUUCUGAUCUCUCUAUAUUUGUGGGGGACUUGGCUAUAGAUGUUACUGAUGCUAUGCUGCAAGAGACUUUUUCUAGUAGAUAUUCAUCCAUUAAGGGAGCAAAAGUUGUAAUUGAUUCUAAUACUGGCCGUUCCAAAGGUUAUGGUUUUGUUAGGUUUGGUGAUGAAAAUGAGAGGACAAGGGCAAUGACUGAAAUGAAUGGCAUUUAUUGUUCAAGUAGGCCUAUGAGAAUAGGUGUUGCAACACCCAAGAAAACUUAUGGCUAUCAGCAACAAUAUUCUUCACAAGCCGUAGUGUUGGCUGGUGGACACCCAUCUAAUGGUGUUGUGGCCCAAGGUUCCCAGGCUGAAGGAGAUCUUAACAACACAACUAUAUUUGUUGGAGGGCUUGAUUCUGAUAUCGGUGAUGAUGACCUCAGACAACCCUUUUUGCAAUUUGGUGAGGUUGUCUCUGUGAAGAUUCCAGUGGGUAAAGGGUGUGGUUUUGUUCAAUUCGCUGACAGAAAAAAUGCCGAGGAAGCCAUUCAGGCAUUGAAUGGGACUGUAAUUGGGAAACAGACAGUGCGUCUUUCAUGGGGUCGCAGUCCAGGAAAUAAGCAUUGGAGAGCUGAUUCCAAUGGAAACCAUUAUGGUGGUCAAGGUUAUGGGAAUCAUGGAUUUGCUGUGAAACAGAAUCAGGAUAUAGCAGUGCAGCCUGCUGCUGCAAUUCAAGGGGCUUCAUAAUGUGGCUUAGCUGACAAGUGGGUAUUGAAGUAGGAUGAUUUUAUUAUUGCUCUCCAAGUAAAACUGUAGUAUUAUUUUUAAAUUUUUGUAGCUUGAAUUAUAUUGGUAUGCAAGAUUGUAUUAAUAUAUAUAUUACUGUCUGAAAUUUUGGAUUGAACCUGACCAUAUUACAUGGCUCGGGUAUUUUUAAAAAAAAAAACCCUUGAAA